AUGAACUGGUGCGAGCGAAGUCAAACAAAAGUGAGAGUUGCCAGUGCAGGUGCACUACCUACCUACAUCAAAUGUUGUAAUUGUACGAAAGAAGAAAAGAACGCACAGAUUUCUUUAUCAACAUUCAAUCAACGAAAAUUAAUCAAAAAAAACUAAUAAAUUAACUUUUAAAUAAUAAAUAAAAGUUUAAAUUGAAUUCUUUGAUUGUUUGUAAGUGUUUUCAAUAAACCAGCAAUUAUGUGCGGAGGUUUUACGUGCUCGAAAAACGCUCUUAUUGCACUCAAUAUUCUUUAUGUGCUUGUGGGCUUCCUUUUAAUUGGAGUUGGUGUCUAUGGACGGGCAGCUUCGAUUGUAACAAAUCUUCCAAUUGUCAGUGGCAUACUGGCAUGUGGAGUUAUUCUAAUUUUAAUAUCAAUGCUUGGACUGGCGGGAGCUGUAAAACAUCAUCAAGUUAUGCUGUUCUUUUACAUGAUCAUCCUCUUCCUGUUGUUCCUCAUUCAAUUCUCAAUUGCCAGUUCAUGUCUAGCAGUUAACUCGGUCCAACAACAAGAAUUGGCUGAACAAGGAUGGAAUAAUGUACCAAAUUCAAUUAGGAAGGAAGUUCAAGAUACCUUCUUUUGUUGUGGCUUCAAUUCAACAUCAAUUUCGACUGAAGAUACUUCGUGUGAUAUAAUUAAUAAACAAUGUUGCAUCGGUUCGUUCGAUAUGAGCUGUCAAUGUCCACCAUGUCUACCAAUGCUUGAGGAUAAAAUUGAUUAUGCUUUCAAAUUGUGUGGUGGUGUUGGAAUAUUCUUCAGUUUUACUGAGUUUGUUGGUGUUUGGUUAACUGUUCGCUAUCGAAAUCAAAAGGAUCCUCGAGGAUUGCCAAGUGCAUUCCUUUAAAAUAGAGAUUCUCUUCAUUCACCUUCAUUUCCUCCACAGUUUUUAACAUCGCUUUAAGUUAAAUAAUCCGAUCAACAAAAAAAAAAUUAUGAAGAUGCAUUAUUCUAAUAUUAAUGAGAGAUGUUUUAACAAGAGAGACGACCCCCCGUGUGUGUGUGUGCUAUUAAAAUAAUCAUUUCCUAAACAAAACAAAAAAAUUAAAUACGCGCCAGUGUUUAAAAAAUAAUCCAUAAUUUAUUAUUAAUCGAAAGUAUUAUUUUAAACGAAACAUUAACCAUAUAUUUGUGUUUGUUGUGCUUGUAAACUUAAACUUAAGCUUUUAACGUAACUUUUAAGGGAAGAACAAGUAUUUAAUUUUUGUUUGCUCUUUGGGUUUAAAUUUUCAAUUUUCGAAAACAUUUGGAGAACAACCUAUUUUACCUAGGUUUUAGCUGUCUUUAUAGCUCGUCAUUACAGAAAUCAGCACGAUCCUGCCUAUUUACCCGCUCGCGCAGUUUUUCCCACCACAGGCUAUAUCUACUAGAUAUACAAAAAAAAAAAAAAAACAAGCUCUUUUGUACCUGCAAAA